AUGGUCCUCCUAGGACUCGGUCUCCUGAUCGCAUCGGUUUCGUUUUUAUGUUAUAAACAUUCUCCUGCGACAUGGUGGGGUUUUCUGGGGAGACUGCAACCAGUUACUGGUAUUAGAGAUGCUGGGAAAAGAGAGGAUGUUGGAUCGGGGAACAUAGGUGGUGAUGAGGAGAUAAAGAAAGAUGGAGGUGGAAGCGGAGGAAAUACAAAGGUGAAAAAGUCGACGGAUGGGCCGAGUUUGAAAAUGACAGAGUCGCUCCAAGAUGCGCCAAUUAUAGGAAAUAAGACUAUGCCGCCACCCAGCAAAGCAGCACUUGAUCGCGCUGCCAUGCCACCACCACCACCACCUCUAUUCAAAAAACCCGCACCCCCAAACAAAAUACCCUCCUCUCCAACCACACCCCGCGCAAACGCCUCCCAACCUUCUCCCAACACCAACAUCCCGAUCUUCUCCCUCGACGGCUCAAACCCUUCAUCCCCAGAACCCGACAUCCCCUCUUUCCCCGCCGCAAACUCCGCACAGCGCGCAUCAGGAGGCACACGAGCAAUCCCACGACUAAACGCCCUCCCAACUACACCUUCUCUCAUCGCUCCCUCGCGGGGCCCCAUUCCCAACCGCUCUCCCCUCCCAAACCGCACACCCACCUCCUCACUCACGGCCCCCUCCCUCGCGCCACCCCCAACCCACAAUUCAAUCCCCACCAAACCACGCAAAAAAGUCCUCCUAACACCCAACCACUCCCCACUAGACUGGGCACGCCUAACCACCUCCCCAAACUCCAACCUCCGCGGUCUCCCCCCUUCUACACCUUAUCUCCGCGUUCCUCCUUCCCUACUCAAACAAUACACUGGUCGAAAAAGUAAAGAUGCGUGGACGGUUCUAGGGGGUAAGGUCUAUAAUCUCACGCCUUAUUUACCGUAUCAUCCCGGGGGUGAACCGGAAUUGAUGAAAUGUGCGGGGAGAGAUGGGACCAGGCUUUUUGGGGAGGUGCAUCCGUGGGUUAAUUGGGAGGGGAUGUUGGAGGCGUGUUUGGUGGGGAUUAGUGUGGCUGAGGAGGAGGUGGAGGGGCAUGGUGGAUUGGAGGAUAUGGAUUAG